CCGAUCCCUAUAUUUACUCUUACUGUCUCACAGUUACCCUAUCUCUCUCUUCUCGUCAACAAAGCCUAGGGUUUCUGAAGCUAUUUAUCGCUCUCCAAGGGGUUUGAACUGAGUCAAUUCCAGGCUUGUAAACCGAGUUUAUCUAAUAGACAACAGGGACCUUGUAGCUUAUUGAUAUUUAUCUAGUUAGUUUUAUAGAGGUAAGGGUUCUCUGCAAUGAGGAACUCAUGGGCGGAUUUGGUUGAUAAUGCAGCACCUGGUAAUGCUGGAACUAGUGGUGGUAGUGGAGCUCCGGCAUCCACCAGGAGAUCUGCUUAUGUGCCCCCUCACAUUCGGAACAGACCAGCUGCAGCUGCAGCUCCACCUCCAGUUCCCACACAGGGUGUUCCACAGGCUCGCAAUGACAGGUUUAGUGGCGGUGGAUCUGCAAGUGGGCCAGUGUGGAAUGGUCCCAGAUCUGAAUAUGGGCCCCAAUGGUAUGGUGGUGGCCGUGGUGGUGGUGUAUGGGGCGGGAGAGGUGGUGGUCGGGGCAGAGAGCAGGAGGUGAACCCAUUUGGUAGUGAUGAAAUUGAUGGUGACGAGGUUCCUCCAACUGAACAAGAGAAUGGAGGGAUCAACUUUGAUGCGUAUGAGGAUAUUCCAGUGGAAACAACUGGAAAUAAUGUCCCCCCUCCUGUGAAUACUUUUGCAGAAAUAGACUUGGGGGAGGCCCUUAACUCGAAUAUUAGAAGAUGCAAAUAUGUCAAGCCAACUCCUGUCCAGCGUCAUGCAAUCCCCAUUUCUCUUGCUGGAAGAGAUUUGAUGGCUUGUGCACAAACUGGAUCUGGAAAGACAGCUGCUUUUUGUUUCCCAAUUAUUAGUGGAAUCAUGAAAGGGAGUUUUCCUCAGAGGCCACGUGCAGGGCGAACUGUGUUUCCUCUUGCUCUAAUUCUUUCACCUACAAGAGAGCUCUCAAUGCAGAUACAUGAAGAAGCAAAGAAGUUCUCUUAUCAAACUGGCGUCAGAGUGGUUGUGGCUUAUGGAGGGGCACCAAUGCAUCAACAGCUCCGAGAACUUGACAGAGGAGUUGAUAUUCUUGUGGCAACUCCGGGGAGAUUAGUUGAUUUGCUCGAGAGAGCCAAAGUUUCUCUAGAGAUGAUAAGAUAUUUGGCCCUUGAUGAAGCAGAUCGUAUGCUUGAUAUGGGGUUUGAGCCUCAAAUCAGAAGGAUAGUGCAGCAAAUGGAUAUGCCCCCACCUGGUGUAAGGCAGACUAUGUUAUUCAGCGCCACAUUUCCUAGGGAAAUUCAGAGACUUGCAUCUGAUUUUCUUUCAAACUAUCUAUUUUUGACGGUUGGACGAGUUGGUUCCAGUACUGAUUUGAUUGUUCAGAGAGUUGAGUUUGUUCAAACUCACGACAAGAGAAGCCAUCUUAUGGAUCUUCUUCACGCACAUAGGGCAAAUGGUCUUAAUGGGCAGCAAGCUUUAACAUUGGUGUUUGUGGAAACAAAGAGGGGAGCAGAUGCAUUGGAACACUGGCUCUGUACUAAUGGGUUUCCUGCAACUUCUAUUCACGGCGAUAGAUCACAACAGGAAAGAGAGUUUGCAUUAAGAUCAUUUAAGAAAGGGGAUACUCCCAUUUUAGUUGCAACGGAUGUUGCAGCGCGUGGCCUUGACAUUCCUCAUGUUGCCCAUGUCGUCAAUUUCGAUCUCCCUAACGACAUUGAUGAUUACGUGCACCGGAUAGGAAGGACAGGCCGUGCUGGCAAGAGCGGAUUGGCCACGGCAUUUUUCAACGAAGGUAACGUCUCAUUGGCCAAACCUUUGGCUGACUUGAUGCAAGAGGCUAAUCAAGAGGUACCUGAUUGGUUGGCUCGUUAUGCUAGUCGUUCUUCUUAUGGUGGUGGUGGUAGAAACAGGAGGCCUGGUGGGAAUCGUUUUGGUGCCCGAGACUUUAGAAGGGGCGGCGGAGGUGGUGGCAAAGAUUAUUAUGGCGGUGGCGGAGGUUAUAGUGGUGGUUAUGGCGGAGGAUAUGGGUCUGGAGCAAACAGUGCAUGGGAUUAGGGGUUUUCGUUUACAUUGUUUUCAUCAUUAUUAUGUACUCUGAUAAUAAUAUUAGGACUCAAAACACUUGCAAUACGAGAAAAUGGUGUGCUUUUUGAAUAUUUUUUCCCCAAAUGAUUUAAAAGUGAAAACCAUACUUUGGGGGAUGGAGUAGAGAGCCUUGAAGACAUGAUAAUUUUCAAGGUUUGUGUUUUUUGUUUUGCAACACGAGUCUUUCUAAUGAUGUUUUGGUGUCUUUU